AUGGCCUCAAAAUGCGAAGAAGUUGCCUGCCUACAGUCGAAACCUCAACGCUCUGAGGAAACCCUUAGUGGCUGCACGAUCUAUGAGACCGAGCAUUCUCUUGAGGAGCAACCUCCACCACCGGAAGCCGUCGAAGAUGGAAUGCCGAAACCACCCAAAAGAUCUCGUAGUGCCUCCGCGGCCGCUUACAAUGAGAGCGGAAAGCCCAUUGAAGCCCCAACGAUGGCACCUCAAGACCCAGAGAUGAUCGAAUUUCCGAAGUUACACAAGUUUUCAAUAUUGGCCACAUCGACAUUCGUUCUGGCAAACGUGACCGUGCCAUGCUGCGUCGCCUUCAUCGGCUUUCUCUGGUCGAACCUAGAUGGUACCCAAAAUAACGGAACGUGGCUCAAGAUAGUGCUGAAUGGCUGGAUUUCGAAGUCUGUCACGAUAAGCUCCAUGGUUUUACGCGUUGCUGUUAGUGCCCAAGCAGGCAUCGCCACUUCGAUGCUAGCUUCUGUCAUAAUGGAAACUAAAGGCGUCGCUUUACAUCGUUCGGCCGCGGUAAACGCGCUGCGUUACGUCAACAAUGCGCCGCAGAGCCUGACUAUCGCCCUGCGAGACACUUACUCCCGUUCGGGACUCUGGGCCGCAGUCGCAUUGCUGCUCUGCCUCACAACGUUUGCUCUACAAUUUGCAUCCACUGUACUUGUGGGAGCUCUCGCCAUUGGGGCACUUAUAGACCAUGCUAAGACCGAGACAACCUUUGCGGCACUGUCCUGGUCAGCAGGAAUCGGUCAGCUCAAUGCAACCAGACUCGUCGGGCAGACAUCAUUCUGGGAGGAGUUUCUUCCGGAAUUCUCAGUCUUUGCCGAGCAUCGUGAGAACCCCUCAGCGAGUGAGAUAUUAUCAACCGAUUCGGUCAGAGAUACAGGGUCUACUCUGAGGGCGUUCAUGCCAUUCUCGAACCAGUCUGAACGAACGAUGAUACACUCUUAUGUCGGCAUGGCUACCAUGGAGGACUCCAGGGUCGUUUGCAUCAGGCCCAAGCUUCAUCAAUACUUCAGCAUCGGCUACGAGUCGGAAAACUUCGGUUAUCUCUUGAACGGCUCUCUGGUACCAGAAUCCGUGCCUCCCGGCCUUAUACUUGCAGAAGAGCCAGCCAUGACUUCCGGCGUCCUACCAGUUACGUACAACCUCGAAACGGAUCAGUACAACAACUCUUCAGUGAACCUCAGUUGGAGCCAACAGAUACCUUUCGCUCAUGGAGCAGGUAGCAACUGGGCCAUUGCUCAGAAUCUCAUGUAUUUUGGCCCAGCGCUCGUCUCAUCCCUUGACCCACGUUAUCCCAACAUAGCUGCAAAUGCACUUUCUAUGAACUUUACCAUGGAGAACCCGAAUUUUCUUGCCUGGAACUUGUCCUACUAUCAACAAGGGGACAAUGUCCGAUUGAUGACCGGGAGGAGCUACGAGUUGCUGAAUUUCACAGCUGCUUUGCCCGAAAAUGAGGCCAACAUGUUCUUCAGUCCAAAUCAAGAACAAAAUAAGCUGUUAAUCAACCCCCAAGACGAAUGGCUUGUUUUCACAAUCCCCAGCGUCCCAGGCUUCCGUCUCUCCGUGUCCCUCUGCUUUGACUCGUUCGCCUCGAUCAACGCUCAAACACAACGAAAUUGCGAAGUCAACUCGGCGCUCUCCCUGGCCAUGGAGAGCAAAGACGUGUACAGCUGGGGAACCUGGAUGUGCGCAGAAUGCGAUAUGAACUUUGCGAACCAUACUGCCGCCAACAUUAGCUACGUCACCAAUAACGACCUUCAGCGACAAAUCUUCCAAGAUGUACUUAAGACCACAAGGGACACCUCGAAGGCCUGGCAGGCAUACUACACCAUCCUUGGCCGUCUGGCUUACUAUGAGACACUGCCAUACUACGACUUUGAAGCUAAUGCUUCAGUCACGUCGUUCAGGGACAUCCAAUUUCCUCAGUCCAUCAGGGGCCUGGCGGCGGUCUGUGCAGUGCUUUCUGUGCAUGUUGGCCUCAUCAUCCUGGUCACGACAGCUUUCCUGGCAAAGACUCGGGUCUCGCGGAUCGGUGAUAAUUCGUGGCUGAACUUGGUACAAGCGGAUUUAGUACCUAUGGAAAACGUAUGCAAGGCGUCUCCGACGAUGAAAGAUGGGGAUUUGGGGAAGGAAAUGACAGCACAAGGACUGAAGAACAGUGCCACGCGUCUUGUGUAA